AGAUGCAGCGAAGAGCCUCUUCAAAUUAGGUAAACCUUGAGAAGAAUCUGCAGUGGAGCAGUCAAAAUAUAGAAACAUGAUCUGCAGAUGCUGAUUAAUACACAACAGCGGGAGAGAAGUUCUUUAAUUUAGUUUUGGAGAUACAGUGCAGACUCAAGUCGGCACAGACCAGUGAUCCCACAUCACACUAGUUCUAGACUACACACCAGGGACGAUUUACACAAGCCACCGAACCCUCAAACACACACGUCUUUGUAGGGUGGGAGGAAACUGGAGAAACCUCACGGGGAGAGCGUAGCAAACUGCACACAGACAGCACCCGUGGUCAGGAUCGAACCGGGUUCCCCGGCGCUGUGAGGCAGCAGCUCCACCGUGCCGCGCAGGUCAGGUUGUCAGAUGCGACCGGCCUGUAGGUGUCCUGCUCGCACUAGCGGGAGCGAGAGAGAGUGCGAGAGAGAGAGCAUGAGAGAGAGAGAGAGAGAGACUACCUUGUUACCGUGGCUACACGACAGGAAGAGGAAGAACGACCGGGGUCUCUGCGGCAGGGUUGUUACGUUGGUUGUCGAGGGGUCGGGAGUGGAGGAGGCAGCAGCAGUGCGGGACCCGGGCGAGAGGACAGCGCGCACCGCGCCCCCAGCCACGAUGAACAGCGUGUUCUACGAUGCCCCCGACCUGGAGCAGAUGAUCUCUAGCAAGAACCCUCUGGAUGAGUUUGAACUGAUCCAGCGUAUUGGCAGCGGCACGUACGGAGACGUCUUUAAGGCUCGGAAUACUGAGACCAGCGAGAUGUCAGCUGUCAAGAUCAUCAAACUCGAUCCGGGUGACGAUAUCUCCUCCCUGCAGCAAGAGAUCACCAUGAUGCGCGGCUGCAAACACCACAACAUCGUUGCCUACUUCGGCAGCUACUUCAGGAACAACAAGCUGUGGAUCUGCAUGGAGUUCUGUGGUGGAGGAUCCCUGCAGGACAUCUACCAAGUCACUGGUCCGCUGACGGAGAAACAGAUCGCCUACGUCUGCAGAGAAACCCUGCAGGGGCUCCAGUAUUUACACAGCAGUGGGAAAAUACAUCGAGACAUUAAGGGAGCGAAUAUCCUGCUGACUGAUCGCGGGGACAUCAAACUGGCUGAUUUUGGGGUCUCAGCCGAACUCACAGCCUCGGUGGGCAAGAGGAAAUCGUUCAUUGGCACUCCGUACUGGAUGGCGCCGGAGGUAGCGGCUGUGGAGAAGAAGGGCGGCUACAACCAGCAGUGUGACAUCUGGGCUGUCGGCAUCACCGCCAUCGAGCUGGCCGAGCUGCAGCCACCCAUGUUUGACCUGCACCCCAUGAGGGCUCUGAUGAUGUCAAAGAGCAGCUUCCACCCACCGAAGUUGAAGGACAAGAUAAAGUGGUCGGCGGAGUGCCACACUUUUAUUAAACAGACACUGAGGAAGAACCCAAAGAAAAGACCCACGGCAGAGAAACUCCUGCAGCUCCCGUUUGUCGGGCAGCCGAUGGGGCGACUGCAGGGGGUGGAGCUGCUGGACAAACUCAGCAACCCACAGCCCUGUGAGGGGGGGCUGAUGAUGGACGACAGUGACCUCGAGAUCUGCGACAACUUCCCAGACAAGAUCCACUCUCUGGGGCCACACAUGCGGGUGGAGAGGACUGACUCCGAGCUUCAGUUCAGACAGGUCCUGUUCAGCUGCCCACUGAGGAAGGAGACAGAGACACAGAGCACACUGGAUCGCGACCAAGAGGAGGAUUGGAAGAUUGACAAAGGAGACAACACCAGUCUGAGUUUGCUACGGAGUGUGGAGCAAGCCCUCAAACAGAGGGUAAUAUCACUGGACACAGGAGUGACGGACGCCCCCCUCACCAGCUGGGACCGAGUGUCGGACAGUGGCCAGGGGGAGAGUGACGGCUCCCCCCCCAGCACAGAGAACCCGAGGGAAAUCAGUCACGGGCUGCCCCCCACGCCAAAGGUCCACAUGGGGGCCUGUUUCUCCAAGGUGUUCAACGGCUGCCCGCUGAAGAUCAACUGCUGCGUGUCCUGGAUCCACCACAAGACCAGAGACCAGUACCUGAUCCUGGGCGGAGAGGAAGGUAUUUACACGCUCAACCUCAACGAGCUGCACGAGGACACCAUCGAGAAGUUGCUGCCCCACCAAUGCUCCUGGCUCUUUGUCCUCAAUAACGUCCUCAUGUCCGUCACUGGUGAGCAAUCCCUACAGCUUUACUCACACAACCUGGUGACGGUGUUCGAUCAGAAGCGGAGUCUCCACAAACGCCACGUCCACAUCUCACUGCCGGCCAAUAAACUGACCGACAAGAUCAUGCCCAAGAAGUUCACCGCAUCCUGGAAGAUCCCGGACAGCAAGGGCUGCAGGAAGUGCUGCGUAGUGAGGAACCCGUAUACGAGGGACACCUUCCUGUGCGGGGCGCUGGAGAACAGCAUCAUCCUCAUGCAGUGGUAUGAGCCGCUGCAGAAGUUCCUGCUCCUCAAGCAGUUCAGCCUGACCCUGCCCAACCCGCUGCGCAUCUUUGAGCUGCUGGUGUUCCCGGGAGAGGAGUACCCGCAGGUGUGUCUGGGCGUGCGAGCCCCCUCACAACACACGUGCACCCUGCAGUUCCAGACCGUCAAGCUCUGCUCCUCCGGAACCCUGAUCCAUCACUCCUGCCCAGAGACCUCACUACUCAAUGCCAGCCACGUCUCCCAGCUCGACAGGGACAGUGUCCUGGUUUGCAUCGACAACUGCGUGAAGAUUGUGAAUCUGCGGGGGGAGAGGAGCGACGGGUCGGCCGAGCUGAGCUUCAACUUCUGUGUACAGACAGUGGGUGAGUGCACCCAAGGGUGGGGGGGGGGGGGGGGUCAGUGUGGUGGGGACAGGUCUGUGUGUGUGUGUGCGUGUGUGUGUGUGUGUAACACUGGGGUUUACAGGGGAGAUAAUUGUUGUAUUGUUUGCCGCUCACAGAUAACUCAGGAGAUCACAGAUGAAUCUCGAAUGUUUCGUGUUCUGGGCACCCAGAGGGACAUUAUCCUGCAGAGCAUCCCCAGCAAUGACCCCGGGGCUCACAGCAACCUGUACAUCCUGACGGGACACGAGAGCUCCUACUGACCCUGUGGGAGGAGAGGGCUCGGACCGACC